GAGGCAGAGUAAGCGCGUCGGUUCUUCAUCUCACCGGCAUCAUUCUCAGCCAGAGACGCUUCAUAAUCCUCUCCUCUGCAUAUGCUCCUCUAUCAUUAAAUCAGAGGCUGCCGCGUGUGCUUUUAGAAACCCAUGCUGCUUGGGCCAUUCUUUUAGUUUUUUCUUCAUCUAGACCCCCUGUAAUACAUUACUAUGCAUGCUGUCUUCAAGAAUAUACAGAUAUAAUUUAUAGACAGAGUCGUUCAAACGCUGCCCGUCGGUAUACGUUCAAGACCUUAAUUUUUCUUCUGUCCCGCUUGGCUGAAACCAAACGUAGUUUGACUGACUGAACAAAGCGGCGGACGGCUCCAAAAUGGGGUAUGGACGGUCGGACAGCUACCGCGUGGCGACCACGCAGGAAAAAGAUGAGAAGGAGUCUCCUAAAAAGGGAAAGGGAGGGAAAGACCUGGAUGACCUGAAGAAGGAAGUACCGCUUACAGAGCAUAAGAUGUCAAUUGAAGAAGUAUGCCGAAAAUACAGCACUGACAUUGUACAGGGUCUGACUAAUGCCAAGGCGGCGGAGUACCUCGCUCGGGACGGUCCCAACGCUCUCACCCCGCCCCCCACCACCCCGGAGUGGGUCAAAUUCUGCCGUCAGCUCUUCGGAGGAUUCUCCAUCCUGCUGUGGAUCGGAGCCAUCCUCUGCUUCCUGGCCUACGCCAUCCAGGCCGCCACGGAGGACGACCCUGCCAAUGACAAUCACGAGUCUGUCUGCGCUGCGGUCCGUUCUCUCUCUGCAGGACGUGUGAAAGACCUACUUCCUCUCCAGGCAGGAAGCAGCAGCGUGGGUCAGCCUCGGCGGGAGUUUUGCUCUCUGACGUCAGAGUCCUGGCAGCUCGGCAGAAACCCGGCCUGA